AGCAUAUUUUCCGUGUCGCCCUUGCCUUAAGAGCAGCAUCCACUCUUGCGCUGCCUUCUCUUGUUCCACCCUCUUCUCUCAUUGGCCGAGCAGAGCUUUGUAACUGAAGCUGCAGUUGGGUGGUAGGAGAUGAAGGAUUGGGCGCCGGCGAUCAUCGCGUCGGCGCUGUUCGCGCUGCUGUGCCCGGGAGGCAUCCUGCAGAUGCCGGGCAGGAACCGGCCGGUGGACUUCAUGAACAUGAAGACCAGCUUGGCGUCCAUCGUGGUCCAUGCCGUCAUCUACGGCCUGCUGCUCAUGCUGUUCCUUGUCAUCUUGGAGGCUCAUCUCUACAUCUGAUCCGAGUGUGUUACUGUGAUUUCGUUUUCUUGAUGACACUGCUGUAGUGCUGUGUUUUUUCUGUUCUCUAGUUUCUUUAGAUAACUUCUGGACCUGAGAGGCGCUGAGGACGCCUCGAGCCCUUGAUCCUUCACAGCCACAAGGCUUAUGGAAUACUAAUAAAGAAGCAAUGAUGCUUUAUGCUUAAACAGUUCAAGCAGGAGUCGUAUGGCUCUAGUUGACUCGUUGUUUCAAUUGGCUAAAGCUCGGCUCAUCGGAUGUUCUUGAAAUCGAAGAGAAGAAUUAUGUUCCGACAGUGAUUUUUUUAUCAGUUUACAUGCAAGAAUAUAGUGUCUGAUUCAAGCGGGGAAGACCGAAGAUAGAACAGCAUAGUGACUUUGUCACUGUGAACUCUUGUGCCACUUUGUUCUUGCUUGAUUCAUACCCAUCCCGUGGCUUUUAAUAGCAACUAGUAUAAUUUUUGCAGUUUUGAACAAGGAUAA